AUGAAUUUUAGUCCAAAGACCAGGCUAUUGUUAACAGUGAUACUAGUGUUAUGUCUACCUCUCCAAUCAACACAAUUUGAUGUUGAUGAGGAGACUUUAGAACAAAUAGGAAACCAUCAAGAUGACUCAGCCAUUUCAAAAUGGUGGAAGAUGAUAGUUGAAAUGGUGCAGAACAACUGGAGAGAAUCUGAGGCUCAACAUGAGCAUAACGAC